GAACGAAAAGAGAUGAGUGUCUCACGUGACAUCAUAGCAGCGCAAACACGCCCAGGUCUGAGCGGACUUGAGACAAUUUGGAGUUUCAUGCAAGCCUGAGAGCUUGUACGAAGGAGUUCUUUGCACUUGUCUGUAGUUGGUUGAGAUGUAUGUAUGGAUGUAUAUCUACUUCAUUUAACUCUUGAUUUGUAGUUUCCAAUUCAGUUUGCAUCAUUUUUGUACCACCACGAUAGUGUCAUUUGCCACUAUAUGACACCCAACCACAACCUCAUCUUCACCUUCAUCAAUUUAAACCAUGUUCAGCAAACUCACCACCAAGAUUGCGCUUCGAAAAGCAGGUCUCCCAACAAGUACUCUUUCCAAUUUUUCAAUCACAAACCUCGAUAAUGGCGACCAGAAAUCCAUCAAUCCUAAGUCUGGAAACAGCAAUGCCACAUGGGGAGAAACCUUCUCAAAUAUGACCUCAGAUGUCAAUGUCCCAAAGAGUUGGAAAUCAUGGGGAAAUCCUCCACCGCCGAUAGUAGAAGUUGCCCCUGCACCGAUAGUGGGAGCGAAGGCGCCAAACACGGGGAAAUUGAUAUUGCCCAUGGGGGAUGGGAAGGCUUGCGUGCUUGUCUUUCUGAGAUGCUGUGGAUGUGCUUUUGCAGAGAAGACCUUCAUCGAACUCCGUCGCUUAGCCAAUAAGCAUCAGAAUCUAAAUUUCAUCGCCAUAUCUCACAACUCCAAGGAAGCAACGGAUAAAUGGGUGCAGCAAGUUGGGGGAGCAUGGUCAGUUCAAGUAGUCGUCGAUGAAGAUCGGGAAAUCUAUGCCAAUUGGGGAUUGGGAGUGAGCACUACGUGGCAUUUGCUGAACCCAUGGACCGAGAUUGCACGGCAGAAACUGGGGAAACAGGAGGGGAAUUGGGGAAGAGAGGUUGAUCCGAGUGGUAAUCGAUGGGUGGUGGGUGGAAGCUGGGCUACAGAUGAGAUGGGAACUAUAAAAUGGGGUGGUGCGAGUAAGAGUGCUGACGAGAUACCCGAUUUGGUAGAGGCGUGCAAGAGUGUGGGUGUUUCGUGAAAACUUGGAGGAUAUCCAUGAUAUUGAUGUAAGCCAUGGAAUUUUGAUCGUGGAGUUAUGGGGCGCAAUUAAUGUCGAGGAAAUUCGGCGACUCGGUUGGGAUGACUAGAAGACCUCCAUCGGGCGGGAAUACGAGGAAAUAUAGUGAUGAUCUCACAGAUUGCGAGUAAUGAGAUAUUGCAUUUGUCCUUGGAUUGGAUCGAGAAUGUGCUAUUUGAUGCAGGUCCAACGUUUCACAGCAUGCACAAUCUGCAUUUAGGUCACCAACAAGUCGCUAGCCAAUCGGUUGCUUGCCAGUUCGGACAGUUCGGAGACAAAGGACUUGUCUGUAGAAGACGGCGUCAGACAUAUCGUUUCGGGUGGGGGGGGCAAUGAGAGCUAGAAGAGUACUCCCGUCUCUACAAUAGAUGGAAACGAGAUGGUACUCUCAUCACUAAUAAAAUGACGUUGAGAUCUGAAAAUUUCUUUCGGAUGCUUCUUGAAUCCUUGA